CUAUCCGGCAGGAGUAAAGGCGCUAGACGUUAACGGCUCUGCGGGACUUUUAAACAGCGGUCUGAGACUGAGGGCUUUGUUGAGAAAAAUCGGGACUAUAAGGCGGUAUGGAGUCUCUAGAGGAUGGUGAUGGGUUUCCGGACUUGGAGGAAGAUGAAGAAAUUGAUCAAUUUAAUGACGACACUUUUGGAGCUGGAGCAGUGGAUGAUGAUUGGCGAGAAGAACAUGAGCGCUUGGCAGAAAUGGAAGAAAAAUUACCCGCGUCUCACAUCCUAGCUAGAGUCACGUCUUCCCCAAUUAAUGACCUACUGGGGGACCAGCAGGAGGAGCUGGAGCAGAGUUUGAACCAGCUGGUGAAGGAGAAUGAGGAACCAGCCCUACCACAGGGUUCACUUUCACAGAUUUCUUCUGGCAUGAAUUCAAGCAUCUGGGACACGGCAAGAAUGAUACGACCUAUCAGAGGGCCACUACUUAUGGAGGACAUGACCCCCCUCUCAAUUCUGCAUGAAUAUGGUUUGGCUACUGUUGCACCCCCAGGUCGAGAUGAUACCGAAAGGGAUGCUUCUGAAAGAGCCUUGCCUCGCCGAUCUACCUCUCCUGUAAUUGGAAGUCCACCUGUGCGAGCAGUUCCUAUUGGAACACCUCCAAAGCAUGGAACAUCUCCUAAUUUUAGUCACACACAGGUUUUGUGUCCUAACCCAAUCCAUAUUCGGGCUUCAUCUCCAUUCAGUAGUCACCAUAGCAACCCAGCUUCCAUCCUGAGGCAUCCGUUCCCUUCUGCCCUAUCCCCACUUCAACGAGCACAGCUCUUAGGAGGCGCUCAGCCAGCGGUUGCUGGUCAGAUGUCUCCCAGCCAGUUUUCCCGUCCUUCUGGACUACAUGGCCCAACACUGGCCUCAGUUGCUCCUAAACUUUUGCAAGGCCAUGUCGGCCAGAUGAUGACGCCUGGAGGGGUUGGAUUCCGCCCUUUCUUUGGUGUUCCUUCUGCUCCAGGUGCUCAAAUAAAAAAUAUGAGGUCACAGCAGCAGUUCCGUCCAGAUACAACUCACCUGCACCCACAGCACCGUCGUAUGCUUUACCAGCGCCAACAAAACCGCAACCAGCAUCGAGGUGUAAAUGGCACUGGUGGGGAACGAAAUUGCAGACCUGCACAAAUGGAGCUUAAUCACAGAGACCCCUAUGCAGGGCUUAUGCUGCAACGGGAAAAGGAAUGGGUAUGCCGUAUUCAACUUCUUCAGCUUCAGAGCACUGACCCAUACCAUGAUGACUACUACUAUCAGAAUUACUUUGAGAAGCUCGGCAAGUUGUCUGUAUCUCAGGACAGAUCUAGAGAAGGACCAAAAAAGGAACGAACAAAGCUGAUCACGCCACAAGUUGCUAAAUUGGAGCAUGCAUACAAACCAGUGCAGUUCGAAGGAUCACUUGGAAAGCUUACAGUUUCUAGUGUAAACAACCCUCGAAAGAUGAUUGAUGCUGUGGCAACAUCACGUUCUGAUGAAGAUGUAAGUAUUUUUCAGUAACCUUUUUUUUUCCCUCCGGGGUAUCCAUGCCCAUUUUUUUUAUUCUUUUAUUUUACAGGAAACCAGAGAGAAGCAGGUGCGAGAUAAAAAACGCCAAACGCUUGUGACUAUUGAAAAGAUGUUUUCUUUACUUUUGGACUUGGAAGAUUUUGAAAGAAGAUUUACACUAUGUUGUGAAGAGGCUGAACAAGAGGUUAUGAAUGAGGAGCGUAAGCAGAAAUUGCAGCAGCUCUGUGACACACUAAGAGGAAAAGAAGUUGGAGAACGAGUAGCAGAAGAACAGUUUGUGCAGAUCAUGUGCAUUCGGAAAGGAAAGAGAAUGAUAGCCAGAAUACUUCCAUUGCUGCCUUUGCAGUUGGCUGCAGCUGUUCUUUCUGUUAUGGCGCACAACCUGCUUUUUCUUAUCAAGAAGGAUCUACAAGAUCAGGUAUUACAAUGUCUGGCUGCAGCCUGCUCACUUGUGCUUUGUCAACUCUCGUUACCUGCAUUAAUAUCUUUACUGCAGAAUUUAUGUGGCACCACAUCACAGCACCAGCUGUCUUUUAUAUUGCAGAACAAGUUUGGACUCACACUGCUUUAUCAGAUCCUUGAACGGGGUGAGGAACUUUUAAGCUCUGAAGAGUCCACAUCAAUUAGUCAGCCUGCAUGGACAUCAUUGGUUGUACAGGCAGCACAUUGCCUCCUACAGGUUUCAGAUCUCUCUCUUCCUCAGCCUCUUUGUUCUCCACUAACCGCUUUGACUCACUUCUCAAGAUACCUUGACACACACAAUUCCAGUUUGUUGCAGUCUAAGCUUGGGUCAACUACCAGCACACUAUAAAAAGCGGUGUUUUGGGGGAGGGGGGAGUUGCAUAUAUGGCCCAUGGCACAGAAUUGUUUCCAUAGCAUCUAACGUUUUCAAGAAGUUGUGUGAUAUUGCAAAGUGCCUACAGAGGUCUACGUAAUUACUGAAGUUUGGUAGGGCUGGUGUUGGGCAGAACUGGACAUGCUUCCUUAAAAAAGGGGUUUUUGUGGAGGAGGCUUUAUUUGCAGUAAAGAAAAGGAUACCAUACACUUGGAAAGCCAGUAACAAAUUAGCAGUUAUGAUUAUGCUGUGAAUGAUUUUAAAAAAUUAGGAAAUGGAAUUACAGUCCCUGUUUAUGUAUAAUGCAAUAUAUAUAAAUAAAUGUAUAGUAUUCUUAGGAUGUGCUCCUAGGUCAUAAUCCUGUAUUUUUAAUCUAUUAGACUGUGUCUGAAUUUAAAAAAAGAGGUAAAAGAACAAUCAAAUGGGUUUCUAUCAGUAUCACUUCACAUUUUAAAAUGGGAAGACACUUAGUGAUGCCCUUAAGUGUUUUUAGACAGGAAAUACCCAUUAAUGAUCAGUAAGGUCUAAGUGUUUUUUCAUGUCCUACGUUUGCUUGCACAAAUCUUUUUAUUGACCUAGAAUGGUCUCCAAUACAUUUAGCUUUUACCCUUUGUAAAAGAGUGUGAAUUGUUAACUUGGUGGAAAGCUUCCAGCCAGUACAUCAGUUUUCUCCAGACAGGCAUUUUAGGUCACCAAAAGUGGUUAUUCUCAUCUAAUCCAAGCCUGCAGUGGGGUUAUUUUGCAUGUCCAAUGAUGAAAAAAAUGUACACAUUCAGAAGCAGGUAAUGAUUCUCAAUUAAACCCAUUGCCACAUGUGGCAUGUUCUUGGCCUGCAGAUAAACACAUGCCAGGAAUCCACCCCUAUGCUUCUAAAAGCUUUUUGAUAUGCAUUCACCCAGAGCCAUUGCUUGAAAAUCUGCUUUGUGCCUGUGUGCACAAUGGCUCCAGGUGCAGGCACAUCAAGUGUAUAAGAGAGUAGGGAUGAAUUCUUGACCUGCAGAGAAACCGCCUCACAUGUGGCAAUAGCCUUAGUCAUAUUUCAAACGCAAACUAUUAUACUGAACACCAUUCAGCUUUUAUCACAUCUGAGAUUGUUUGCUUUUUUUUCUGAAUUAGACAUUUCAAAUGUAAAUCAAAACUUUCUGCAAAAAAAAGCCUAUUUUAAUAAAGAUGAUUAAAACUU